CCACAGCACGCAGCUCUCAGCGACAAGCGCCCCGACAGCGGCGCUGCAGCAUACGGGACCCAGCACGCAGCUGUGGGUCCGGGCCCGGCGCUGCCUGCCAGGGCGUCUCCCGGCCCGUCGCUUAUUUAACCCCGGGGGCGGGGCGGUGCUUACACAACGGCGGAGAGGCGCCAUGUCCUGGUACCGGAACACCGUGUGGUUCCUGACGGGGCUGCGGGAGUACACCAGGAGUGGCUAUGACUCUGCAUCCAAACACUUUGUUCCGGCAGAUUUGGAGGUAAAUGUAACUGGAAGAUCCUUUAUGAUUACUGGAGCAAACAGUGGUAUUGGCAAAGCAACUGCAAUGGAGAUAGCAAAGAGAGGUGGCACACUUCAUCUGGUUUGCCGAAAUAAAGAGAGAGCUGAAGAAGCUAAAAGAGAAAUAACAACAGAAACUGGUAAUCAGAAUAUCUUUUUGCACAUUCUGGAUAUGUCUAAUCCCAAGAGAAUUUGGGAGUUUGCUGAAAAAUUCAAGACUGAACAUAAGUUAAAUGUCUUGAUCAACAAUGCAGGCUGCAUGGUAAACAGAAGAGAAUUAACAGAAGAUGGACUUGAAAAGAACUUUGCUACAAAUACCUUGGGUACAUACAUUCUCACAACUGCUCUACUGCCUUUGCUGGCAAACGAAGAUGAUCCCAGAGUUAUAAUUGUCUCUUCAGGAGGGAUGUUGGUUCAGAAAUUGGAUGUAUCUGAUUUGCAGUCCGAACAUGUAACAUUUGAUGGUACAAUGGUUUAUGCCCAUAACAAGAGACAGCAAGUAGUCUUGACAGAACAAUGGGCUAAAGUGCACAAAAACAUCCAUUUCUCUGCUAUGCAUCCUGGCUGGGCAGAUACACCAGCGGUGAGAUCAGCGAUGCCAGAGUUCUAUGAAAAGAUGAAGAACAAACUGCGCACAGAGGCUCAGGGAGCCGAUACAGUAGUAUGGCUGGCAAUCUCACCUGCAGCAGCUAAGCAAACAAGCGGCCUGUUCUUCCAAGGCCCACUCUCCUGCAUGUGUUCAGCAGCAUCGCAAUGGUGUCCUGGACCUGGAGUUACCCUUGACCAGCUAGUCGUCCAGAGCUUGACCAUCUAAGGAGAGGUCCUGGAUGUACUAUUGGACCUCCAUCAACAAGUCUGAGGACUGCAGCCACACCGCCCUCCUCAUCGUUAUGGCUGAAGCCAUGGUCCGUGCCGCAGAAUCAGCCCCAUCCAAUCCUUCCUGCAGCGCCGCCCUCACCACUCCCCACCCCUCUUCCAGGAUGGCCUGGAACUCUUUUCUGGGGUCCUCCAGGAAGGAAUCGGCAAAUUUGGCCAUCGAUUGCCAAAUAUUAAAAUCAUAGGGUCCCAAUAGGGCCUGAUUCGCCACCCUCAGCUGUAGCCUUGAUGUAGAAUAAACCUCUCCCCCAAAAAGGUCCAAUUUCUUUGCCUCUAUUUUUGGGAGUAGAC